AUGCUCCGACUUUCUGCUCUGAGGCCGGCACAACGCUUUGCUUCCCGCAUAACACGCGUUCUUCACAGCAACCCUUACUCCACCGGAGCAUCUGCCCCAUCCGAUCUCAUCACUCUCGAUAAUGGCCUCCGUGUGGCUGUCGAUCCAAGUCCUUCGCAUUUCGCAGCUAUGGGCCUUUACGUCCAUGCCGGGUCUCGUUAUGAAAACACCCCAGAACUAAGUGGUCUUUCUCACAUUGUAGAUCGACUGGCCUUUAAGUCUACCACUACACGAUCUGCUCUCACCAUGCAGGAAACCCUUGAAUCUCUCGGAGGUAACUACAUGUGUGCUUCAUCGCGUGAAUCCAUGCUUUACCAAGCAUCAGUCUUUAAUUCAGACACUGAAGGCAUGUUUGCACUACUUGCCGAUACUGUCCGUAAUCCUGCGAUUCUCCCUGAUGAACUUAAUGCUGAGCUUGCCACCGCCGAGUACGAGGUUGACGAAAUCUGGCAAAAGCCUGAGCUCAUUCUUCCAGAGAUUGUACACAUGACUGCUUAUGAUGGAACCCUUGGGAACCCGCUUCUUUGCCCCAAGGAACGUCUUUCCGAAAUCACACCAGCUUCCAUCGAAGCCUACCGUACCAAGUUCUACCAUCCUGACAAAAUUGUCGCCUCAUUUGUCGGUGUCGAUACUUCUACUGCUGUUAAGCUAGUGGAAAAAUAUCUGGGCUCUAUUCCUAAACGUGAUCAGGCCACCAUCGCUGCUGCAAAUACAGAACUUUUCACAAACUUUUCUCACUACACUGGUGGGGAAUACUCAAGACCUUCCAUCCCUCCCAUUGGUAACCUUCCUGAGUUUUUCCACCUCCACCUCGCGUUUGAAGGUCUGGCAACCGCCGAUCCGGAUAUUUACGCCCUCGCCACCCUCCAGAUGCUUCUUGGUGGUGGCGGUUCCUUUUCCGCCGGCGGGCCUGGCAAGGGCAUGUACUCUCGUCUCUACACUCAGGUCCUCAAUCAAUUCCCCUACAUUGAAAGCUGUAUUGCCUUUAACCAUUCUUACACUGAUUCCGGUCUUUUCGGUAUUUCUGCCUCCUGUGUUCCUAACUUUGCUCCUUACCUUGCUGAGAUUCUCUGCCGCCAGUUUUCCAUGACCUUCACCACAGGAGCUGGUGCACUCACUAAGACAGAAGUCCAGCGUGCUAAGAACCAGCUGCGAUCGUCACUACUUAUGAACCUUGAGAGUAAGAUGGUCCAGCUAGAGGAUAUGGGUCGCCAGAUUCUUGUCCAAGGAUACAAGGUCCCAGUAUCCGAGAUGUGCGACAAGAUUGAUGCUUUAACGGUUGAGGACAUUCAGCGCGUGGCUCGCCGGGUUCUUACCGGUAACACAAACAAUCCAGGAAUGGGCUCUGGCAAGCCCACUGUUGUGAUCCAAGGCCGCCGUGAGUACUUUGGCGACGUCGAAUCUGUCAUCAAACGCUACGGUCUGGGUCUUCGCUCUAUAUAG